CAUAAUUGGCCGCAGUGUAUGUGCGGCUGUGCGCUGAUGUUACCGGGUUUUUAAUUUGUUGAAAAGUGAUUCAUCGAAAAAAUAAUAAUAAUAAGAGAAGAGGAGAAUGGCCUCUGGUAAGUUUAGUGUGAACUAAAUGUAUGCGAUUUGUUUAAUAUUAAUUUAAUGUGUCAAAUUUGUUAUAAAAUGUUAAAUGAUAAUGCUGAGACUGAUGGUCUCAGUUAGCGAGCUAGUGCGCUAACUAGCUACAGUAGCGUUAGUUUAGCAAGCUUUCAGGCGCGACCAUCAGAGAAUAAAUACUACCCAUAGUUUGUUGGCGAAUUUAUGACCAUUUCUUUUGAAAAUAACGUCUGCCGCUUUCUGUAAAAUCACACUUAGUUAUUUUGAAUCGCUCAACCAUCUUUCUUAUUGUUUGGUUUCUCUUUCUAGACGAGAAUUGACCGCCAUUUUUGUCGCGCAGCGUGGUCCUGUUAGCACCGCGCUAACUAGCAAGCUAACGUUAGCUAGCUACUCAACGAGUAACAUGCAUAUUAUUAGCUACGGUAGUUAGCUAGCUAGGUAACGUUAGCUAUGUAACGGUAGCUAGCUAUCCAAGGCCUGCUAUUUCCACCGGGUAGUUGUAUGCAUUUCGUAUUGACUUGCAUUGCAUUAUCUUUAUGAUAAAUUAAUGUUGUUCCCAUCUAAUGUUAAGUCACAGCUUACCAAACUAGCUAACUAAGUUUACUUGAUAUCAAAAUAAGCUAAAGUCAGCUAGCAAGAUAAGUUAGCUACAGGUUUACGUCCGAUUGGUACGAACAUCUUUGGUAACGUUCAUAUAAGGAGACAUGUUCAAUGGUUAGCUAACAGUUAGAUGUCUCAUUGGCUAACCACCUAGCGAACGUUAGUUGUAGCAAUUUUGCCACCCAAUCACUCAUACCCUUCUCGUUCACAGAUUCGGGCUACGGUCAGCCUGGCGCUCCAAGGUAACGUGAAAUCACAAUGAAUACAUUAGCUACUACUCAAUGUUGUCAUGUAACUUAGCUAUCUAUUUAGUUACCACUUAAGCACGUUUCUUUGUAAACUAUCCAAUUAGCCACACAAUGCUUGAUUAUUUGAAAUGUCUAAUUUAUUGUGAUGGAUAUGGUUUUGACGGGGAAACUAAUUGAUAUUAGGCACAUCCCGAGUUAUGGUAGCUUUGGGGCACAACAUAGGGAGUCUGCAUUGGUUGGACUCCCUGAAUUGUAUUGGUGGGUGGCGACGGAAAAUAACCCUACCAAAAUAUAGCUGGCUACACCACGUUAGUGCGCGGAAAAAUUCCUGUCAACAAAGGCAAUGUAUAAUCUCUAGGAACUCUACUUACCAGAUGUAAAGUGAAAUAUGACCCUCGCUAUCAAAUAAAGGUCUGAAUACAACUUUUGUCCAAACCACACCAUAUUCCUGCUGUGUAUACAGUGGUAGGAAGUCUAGUGUGAAGUGCGAGGGACAUGGUUCACUUUACAUCUGGUAAAUAGAGUUCCUAGAGAUUAUGCAUAUGCCUUUGUUGACAGGAGAUGUUUUGCGCACUGACGUGGUACGCAAUUUUCGGGCACCACUUUUGGCUCAUGAGUGCUACUUUAAGAACUACAGGCCUCUGUAGCUCAGCUGGUAGAGCACGGCGCUUGUAACGCCAAGGUAGUGGGUUCGAUCCCCGGGACCACCCAUAAACAAAAAUGUAUGCACGCAUGACUGUAAGUCGCUUUGGAUAAAAGCGUCUGCUAAAUGGCAUAUUAUUUAUUAUUUAAAAUGUAUACAGAAGUUCAGGAGAAUCUCUAAGAUAUCAAACUUUACCUCCCUCCCACAGCUAUGGAGCUUAUCCUCCUGCUCAGCAGGGUGGGCAGGUAUGUGUGGCCCCUCAAUUUCUCACUUUUUUGAAACCAUUUUAUUUUGUUCAUAUAAUGACAAUUCAAUGCGUAUUGCAGGGCUAUGGUCAAGGAAAUGGAAGUGGCUCAUAUGGUGGACAGAGUUAUGCUGGUUAUGGACAGUCUGGUAUGUUCAACUUAUGGGAGAGUCUUUAAGUUAUUUGAGGUCUAGAAGUUGCUGUUUUUAAUACAUAACAUUUCCCUUUUUGUUUCUCCAGCAGAGGGUUAUGGCCAAACAACACAGGCGGCAAGCUAUGGCCAGCCGGCCUAUGAUGGCUAUGGGCAACAAGGCUCGGAUUCCGCUGCUGGGUAAGAUCAAAGGCACUACAUAAACCUAGUAUUGCUUGCAGUUACGUACUUUGCCUUCCCACUGGUCUAAUCUCAUUGCAAAUGUUACCUUUCAGUAAUCUGUUUUGUUCAUUAUUAAACUCUUUGUUGGUGUCUCAAGAAUAAUUGUUGUGAAAACUUCUCAAGGUAUGGUGGCGCUGACAAGUCGUCAUACAGUCAGCCGAGUUCCUAUGGCGGCGCCGCCGAUGGCGGCUCUUAUGGACAAUCUCAAGGAGGCUACAGAGGUCGAAGUGAAGGUUAGUUAUUGUAUCCAUUUACGGUGCAUUCGGAAAGUAUUCAGACAUCUUCCCCUUUUCCACAUUUUGAUACGUUACGCCUUAUUCUAAAAUUGAUUAAAUUCAUUUUUCCCCUCAUCGGUCUACACACAAUAACUCAUAAUGACAAAGCGAAAACAGGUCUUUAAACAUUUUUGCAAAUUUAUUUUUUAAAAACAACCUGAAAUACCUUAUUUACAUAAGUAUUCAGACCCUUUGCGAUGACUCGAAAUUGAGCUCAGGUGCAUCCUGUUUCCAUUGAUCAUCCUUGAGAUGUUUCUACAACUUGAUUGGAGUCCACCUGUGGUAAAUUCAAUUGAUUGUACAUGAUUUGGAAAGGCACACCUGUCUAUAUAAGGUCCCACAGUUGACAGUGCAUGUCAGAGCAAAAACCAAGCCAUGACGUCGAAGGAAUUGUCCGUAGAGCUCCAAGACAGGAUUGUGUCGGGGCACAGAUCUGGGGAAGGGUACAAAAAAUGUCUGUAGCAUUGAAGGUCCCCAAGAAAACAGUGGCCUCCAUCACUCUUAAAUGGAAGAAUUUGGAACCACCAAGACUCUUCCUAGAGCUGGCCGCCCGGCCAAACUGAGCAAUCGGGGGAGAAGGGCCUUGGUCAGGGAGGUGACUAAGAUCCUGAUGGUCACUAUGACAGAGUUCCUCUCUGGAGAUGGGAGAACCUUACAGAAGGACAACCAUCUCUGCAGCACUCCACCAAUCAGGCCUUUAUGGUAUAGUGGCCAGACGGAAGCCACUCCCCAGUAAAAGGCACAUGACAGCCCGCUUGGAGUUUACCAAAAGGCACCUAAAGGACUGAGACCAUGAGAAACAAGAUUCUCUGGUCUGAUGAAACCAAGAUUGAACUAUUUGGCCUGAAUGCCAAGCGUCACGUCUGGAGGAAACCUGGCACCAUCCCUACGGUGAAGAACGGUGGUGGCAGCAUCAUGCUGUGGGGAUGUUUUUCAGCUGCAGCGACUGGGAGACUAGUCUGGAUCGAGGGAAAGAUGAACGGAACAAAGUACAGUGAGAUCCUUGAUGAAAACCUGCUUCCGACUGGGGAAAAGGUUCACCUUCCAACAGGAUAACGACCCUAAGCACACAGCCAAGACAACGCAGGAGUGGCUUCGGGACAAGUCUGAAUGUCCUUGAGUGGCCCGGACUUGAACCCGAUCGAACAUCUCUGGAGAGACCUGAAAAUAGCUGUGUAGUGACGCUCCCCAUCCAACCUGACAGUGCUUGAGAGGAUCUGCAGAGAUAAAUGGGAGAAACUCCCCAAAUACAGGUGUUCCAAGCUUGUAGCAUCAUACCCAAGAAGACUCGAGGCUGUAAUCUCUGCCAAAGGUGCUUCAACAAAGUACUGAGUAAAGGGUCUGAAUACCUACGUAAAUGUGAUUAUUAAUGUUUUUAAAUACAUUUGCAAAGGUGUCUAAACCUGUUUUUGCUUUGUCAUUAUGUGGUAUUGUUUGUAGAUUGGGGGGGGGGGGGGGGGACAAUUUAAUCAAUUUUAGAGUAAGGCUGUAAAGUAACAAAAUGUAGAAAAAGUCAAUGGGUCUGAAUACUUUCUGAAUGCUCUGUAUAUAUUACAUGGCAAUGGUUUUUAUUGAUCAGAUGGCCUGCAAAGGUCUGCAUACUUUUUUUUCAGUCUGUUUAUUUGACUUGGAGGAUCAGCAAUUUAUAGCCAUCUUUGGCCAAGGCUGAUCGGCCAAACUCUGGACUGUUUAAGUAUGGCUGAAUGCCUCUAAUAAUAAAAUCACUUUUCAUUGCAGAAGAAUCUCGUACAUAUAAAACAAAGUGCCAUACAUAUAAAACAGGAAAUAGAAAGACAACACCACAUAACUCAAAGGGCUUGUGUGCCUGUGUUUUGCCCCAGGUGAAGGCGGUCAGGGCAGGAGGUAUGGUGGAGAUGAUGGGGGCUCAGACAGGGGCUCUUCUGACGGGUAUAGAGGCCGAGGGCGUGGUGGGUACGAGCGCGGGGGAUACGACAGGGGUGGAAGAGGCGGCCCUCCAUCCGGUAUGGGGUAAGUUCCAGAGCGUGACCACCCGCAAGGUACUUCUGCAACACCCAUGCCAGGUAGAUGUUCCUUCCAACACAAUGCAUGAUAUAACCCAUUCUGAUCCAUCAUCCCAUACCUCAUUCACAUGGACUAAUACCUCCUCACUCCCCACCCUGCUAUAGACCCCCCCCACACCAAUUUUCACCUGGGAUGUGUUUAGGGCUGGGCGAUAUGGCCUAAAAAUCAUAGUUAGAUUUUUUUCAAGCUAAUGGGCGAUUCACGAUACCUCGUUUUUUAAAAAGCUUUCUCUAAGCAUUGUUGCACCAUUUAAAGGUCAAUACACAGCAUUUCAAACGGUCAGGAAUAAUCUAAUUCAGGGCUUGUAAAAUUAUACCUAGGCUAAAUAUAAGGCUUCCACAACCAUAAGACCCACUAAUAAUUUAAUUAUUUUUAUCAAAAUAGUUUUACCUGCUUUUUUUGCAAUAAACACUGAUCUCUGGCUUUCAAGUCUGUCUAUAAAAAUGCAUUUUUUUGUUACAAAUUUAACCAUGCACAUCCACUAAUAACGAACAACUUGUAGCAGGCAUUAUAGAAAAUUAACACAGGGCUCAAAUCGCACAAGCCCACCUGCUACUUGGAUCUAUUUGCUUGCUAUCAAGGUAGAACAGUUGAACUGUUAUGAAUAGACCCGCUUGUCCAUCUCCAGCUCUUUGCCUGCCUGUUCAGGUUGUUUAAAUUUUGAAAUCAAGUGGCCUACCUGGAUAUAUUGCUUAUUUUUCAGAAUGAGAACAAGUUGCCAAUUCCUUUAUAUAAAUGCGUCAUGUUAUGCUCAUUGAACAUUUAUGAAACAGACCAGACAGCUAGCACAUACAGUAAGUCUGUGGCUAAAAUUAUGCUAGCGGUACUUGGUGCCGCACGCGACAAACUGAACAUUCAUUUUACACAACAUGUUCGUUGAUACUCUCAUUUUAGUAGGGUCUGCUCUGUUCUACAUUUUGGGAGUUGAGACAUAAGGGUAUCGUUAGAAAGGUUAAGUUCUCGUCUAUUACAGUAAAAUAAUAUAAGCGUUUCUGUCCAUAUGAACGAUUCUGUUAGACCAAAUGCAAAUAGUUUAAACUGCUUCUCAGAGAAAGAAGUUACACUACAUGACCAAAAGUAUGUUGACACCUGCUCGUCAUUCAUUUUAGAAUAAGGCUGUAACGUAAUAAAAUGUGGGAAAAGGGAAGGGGUCUGAAUACUUUCUGAAUGCACGGUGUAGUAUCUCUCGUCUUUGUUGUGAGUGGCAGGGGGAGGGGCUUUGUGUCUGUGAGUGGGAAGCACAGAAGGAGCGAAGGAGACAAGACCAAAAAUAAAAUCCUUGAAUCUUGUGAUAUAGGCAUUUGGAACAUCGCGCUAAAACAUUAAUUCGAUAUCGCCCAGCCCUAGAUGUGCUAUAUGUUUCACCUUGAAGCUUCACUCAUAGAAUUAGAAUUGUGUUUUGUGGUUUAAAUGACUUGUGAGGAUAUAACCUGUGUUCCAUCGCAAUCAUAAAUAUGCAUGCAAUAUUCUAGCUGAUUAUGGCCUUGCUUGCAAAUGGAAAUAAAUGUGAAGCUCAAAUGGCUUGUGGGACAGAUGACAUGGUGGGGUGUCUGCUAUUGACACCUGUGGUGCAAGGAGUUAAGUGGACACUUCACCUGACCCCCUUUAUGAAUUACAUAGGGUGUUGAGGAUUAAGUCACUUCACCAGCCAAGGAUCCUGUAGACCCCAGCUUUUGUACGUCUUCAUUAACAAGGCUGUUGAUUAUAAUAGUCAGGACAUUCUGUCGCUUGCCAGUGAUCGGUUCACAUUGCUAUCUAUCUACAAGGGCAGUUCUGGAAACUUUUUUGUAUAUGACAAGCAAUUAUAGAUCUUGGCCAAGUAGCUUUCAGUGUAGAAGACUUGUAGCCUAAACCAUUAUUUUUAGCAAGAUUACUUAUCUUAUCCUAGGCUAUCAUUUGAAAUUGAGACAUUAUUUGUAACGGGAAACUUUUAACAACCACUUUGGUAAUGGCAUUGAAUAACGAGUACAGUAGUUCUGCCGCAGUGCUGUCACAUUCUCAAAAUUGCUGACAAUCUAGAUUUCAUUUGACAUGGUUCCUGAGAAGUAAUAGACAUCAGAGGCGAGUUGGAAUGCUUCAGCACAUGUUUAUCAAAGAUCUGCUAGGAAUCCUGCUGGCUGUUAUGGGUGCUUUUGGCUAAUAAACUAUUCAGUGGCUCUCUGUGCAAAGUUAAGACCAUUCUAGCUGGAGUGAGGAUUAUUUUUGCGCCCCCCGUUGCUUUGAGAACCGCCUCAUGAACGGCUUAAACAAUAACCCAGAAUGAUCUGUUCUUGAAGUGACCUGAUUUUCACAAGUUAAACCCAAGGAACAUUGUAAGCUGCUGUACAUCAACAGGUUUCAUUCAAGUGUUGUAUAUUUGACAUGGAGACAUUUGUAUUGUGUUAACUUUGGAUCUACAUUUUAUACUACAGGUUUCAGUGAAUGAAAUAAAACUUGGACCUCAGCUAAUGGAGCUCAUAUAAGCACUCAAUGGAAGAACACUCGACUUGUCGAGUGCCACAACUAUUCAAACCAUUUCGACCUAUCAGUACCUUUUUAUCCCAAAACGUUAUCCAAUUGAAUACUCUAAGCUAAUCUGGUCUUGUAGCAAUCUAAAUUUACACAUUAGCCAUCAGAGCCUCUUCACUCAUCAGAACCUACCUGUAUAUAGUGGGAGUUCUGCCUAAUUUUGUCCAUUGAUCUUAAAACGUCCAAGACUAACACUUUCCCAUGUGAGUGGGAAGACAUUUCCACGAUAGUCGCACACCAUGGCAGGAGUGCAUACUGAUGGGGAUGUAGGGGAGCUUUGAGCUCUGUUGGGACAAAGGAAACCCAUCAUAUCUACAAUUUUUCCUCUGCAGAGGUGGUGACCGUGGUGGCUACAAAAAUUACGGUGGUAAGUGACGAGCAUCAGAACUGUCUCGGUUGGGGAGGAAAAAGGUUGAUUAGCAAAAGAGAAAGGGAGUGAGAAUGAAAGCAAAACAAACUGAAUGCCACCAUUUUCUUGUCCAAACCUCGAAGGCCUCCACCUAUUGUUCUUAGGGAGGGGGUGUUCUCAUAAAUGCUCUUUAGAUCUUUUAGCACAUGAAGCCUGAAGUUUAUACAUAAUGGUAUUGUUGCAUGAGGACAAGGUUGAAUGUAAAUGACAGAGGAUGAGAAGUGCUGUGGCGAAGAAGGAAACUGGAGAGAUUUGGUGUCUUUAUUUCUAAACGCAAACAUGUCUGCCCAUGUUGCAAGGUGUUGAGAUAUAUAUGAAUGAUGCAACUGUCUCAACACUGCAGCAGAAAGCUGUAAACUGCUUUAUUCUAUAUGUUUUAACGUAGCCUCAUGCGGACACUGUAUUGGUAGAGAGUUGAUGAAUUCUUGUUUGUAUGGAUUUUCAAUGAAGUUGUGUAGUGUACAAAGUGCAGGUUCUCAUGGCUUUCCCCACCUUUCCUGUUUGUUGUGUUUCAGGUCCUCGAGACUACGGCUCAAGGGAUGAACCAAGUGAGUUGCACAUGCUUGUUUGCUUCUUGUUGCCCUGAAAUUCAAUCUAGGGUUUGAUUAUUCCUGCAAUCAUGCCAGACUAACACUGACCUCUAGUCUCUCACAAGCGAAUGCCACAGAAUAACAGGCUGGUUCAAGUGAAGCAGCCGCUGAGUAGUAUCUCGAUGUUUGUCCCCAGCUGGAGGUAGCGGCGGUAGCCAAGGUAGCGGCAGUGGCGGGGAGCAGGACAACUCUGACAACAACACCAUCUUUGUCCAGGGACUGGGAGAAGAUGUCACAAGUGAUGAAGUGGGCAACUACUUCAAACAGAUUGGGAUCAUUAAGGUAUGGAUUGGCAAUACCUUAGCCCCUACCCCAUAGGGCCUAGAUACUUAAUGUAAGUGGCUAGGAUGGAAGGAUUGUUUCUGGUCAGGGACUGCUUCUCCCUGUACACUUGCAUGGCUACUAGUGAUUGGUGGGGUCGAUUUAGUUAAAUAUCGCAAUAUUAUUUGGGGAAAAUAUCAGACCUGCCAACCUGGUACAAAUAACUACCCUAAAAUAGGCUUCUGUUGUUGCAUUGUGGUUUUUGACUCGACCGUCUGAAGUUGGAGCUGAGCCAAUCGGAAGACUUGGGCGAGGAGAAAAAAAUGCUGUCUCGCCACUCCGGCUCGUUGUCGUACUAGCAUACUAUUUUCCUCCCACGAGCUGGAUGGCAGCUCUCCACAUUGUUGAUAACGCUAAUGUGUGAGGAAAAAUGUUUACAAAUACGUUUUCCAAAAUGGUGUUUUAGUCAAGCACGUAACCACUAUUUUGUAGUUGGCUCCUUAAUUAAGGUGGCAUUACGACAGAGGUUGUUACCUACAGCGUUUAGUCAACUGAGCUAAAACAGUUUCUUGCCCGCACAUGCUUUGAUCUCUGCAAGGGUAGUAGGAGUGAGCGCAUUGACGAGGAAGGAGGCGUGCGGUAGUUCAGUGCACGUCGCUGCAUGGAUGGAAACCGACAUGGCAGAGAGCUGUUCGGCUAAUAACAUCCUUCACAGAAAGUUGUUAGACUGUAGAUUAGUUGGCCUAUGUUAAUUAAUCAGUAAGUAAUUUGUCCUCUUGAUAUAGCUGUAUGUCAACAGUAGGCUGCUAAUGAUGUGGUAAUAGUCAGUUUACCAAUGACGAGGCAUGUUGAAUGAAUGGUAGCCUAGUAGUCAGACCUAACUUGAUGGAUUAGGUCAGGGAUCUGAAACAAGCUCAGGCCUAGUUCAGUUUCAUAUUCCAAAUAACCUACAGUAAGCUAGGCUACAUUUACAUUUACAUUGCUAGACUACUACAUUGCAUCAGAAUAAUUCAAUUACUGGAAUUGUCUUCCAAACAAAAUUAAGAAUCCAGUUUACAUUUUUACUACUAUCCACAUAAAGACACCUAUUAAUUAGAAUAAUCAUUACCCCUACAUUUAACCUAGAAAAAUGUGUCAUUGAGAACACCUCAAUUUCAUUUAGGGUUAAACGCACAACUCCAGUGUUGGCUACAUUGUUUGUUAUAAUUUAAGACUAGGUUUCAGCAAAUGGCAGUUAUAGGUUUUACAAAAAUGCAAAAUGCUCCAACUUCCUGAGGGGGAAGUAUUUCUAGUGACCUACUGAAUAGCAGCCAAUUACAAAGUACCCAUAAGGCUAUAGCUUACCAUUCCUGCUGAGGCAGUCUAAUGCCAACAUCAUUAUUAAGCUUCUUUCUUUUUUUUUGUUGGUGCUUUUGCCUAUGAUUUGAGCAGUGUGGGUGUUGUACGCACGCCGCAUCGAUGUGGUAUUCAUAAAAAUUAAAGGUUGGCAGGUCUGCAAUGUUAUAUCAAUAUUUUGACUCAACAAACUUUUGGUGUAUGUUGUUGCUAGGUAGCAUUAGCUAGCGCUAGUCUGCUGUACCUGUGCCAAAUCAAAAAUGUUCUCCAUCUUAUUAGUGAGCCAACAUGUUUUCAGCACUUAUUUUCAUGACUCAUCAAAAUAAAUGUUCUCAUGUUCGGUCUCUGCAGCAGACAUAUAGUGAGCAAUAUGUUUGGAACAUGAAAUGGCAAUAAAAUUGCAGUAUCAAAUCGCAAUACAUAAUGUAUUGGAGCCUAAGUAUCGUGAUAACUUAUCAUGAGGUCCCUGGCAAUUCUCAGUCCUAAUGGCAACCCAGAUGUAUGUGUCCAAGUGUUAAUCUUUGUGUCCUGUCUUGAUAGUUGAACAAGAAGACUGGCCUGCCCAUGAUCAACCUGUACUCUGACAAGGCUACUGGAAGACUGAAGGGAGAGGCCACGGUCUCAUUUGAUGAUCCACCUUCUGCCAAAGCAGCCAUUGAGUGGUUUGAUGGUAAGGGUGUACUCUGUAUUCCCAUGCAUGUAUGCUGUGUACAGUUCUUCUGUUCCAUUCUCAUCUCUCAUUUUCUUCUAGGCAAAGAAUUCCAAGGGAAACCCCUCAAAGUGUCUUUUGCCACCCGAAGAGCUGAGUUCACGCAGAGGGGUGGCGGUGUAGGAGGGGGAGGAGGAAGAGGAGGAGGAGGUACGUUUCAUUCACUUUUUGAUGACGAAUCAUUCAAAUGUUACUGCAACUGUCUGCGGUUGAGUUUUCCAAAAACACAAGAUUAUCUUUCAGCUAAAGAUGAGCUUUAAACCCAUUGGUAGGCAAUAGGGGUAUAAUGAUUCACAGAUACGAAUCGUAAUCUGGUUAAAAUAGUUAAGAUAUGAGUGCAUCAGUCCGUGAGACCCCAAAUGUAGCAUGCAUCGGGCAGUACAACUUCGCACAGCGUGCUGACCAGAUUUUGCACAUCUGUGCAGCAUCUUCAGCAUUUUAAAUGCUUGUAGAAAUGGAUUGCGCAAUAUUAGGCUUUAUCAGUUGAGUGACAACCAGGGCCGUGCUCAGACCUUUUCAGGGGGAAUGUGCUCAAACAACAAAGGGCACCCCCACAAAAAGGACCAACAAUUCCAGUCAAAAUAGAUUGUAAGAAAUAAUGUAGCCUACAAUUACUAUAUCCAACCCAACUCCAUUUGUUGCCACUAUCAUAUAUCCUAGUGGUUAGCAAACAUUUUGACCCGCGCACCCUAAAAGGGAGUGGUACAAAACUUGUGACCACCCCUCGCGCACGUCAUGCACAAUCGCUGCACAAAUGUAGCCUGUUACAGCCAUAAAAGGUGAUAGGCUACAGAAAUAAAAUGUGUUUUACACUUGCUUUAGGAGCGGAAAGUCAUUAGUUAGCUGCCAGUAUCGACCAGGGCUAUAUCAUGUCACUUCUCUGGAGUCCAGAGCAAGCAAAAAAGCAUAUGGCCUACUUUAGCAGAGGUUGCAGGAUCGGGUGGAAAGCAUGUUCUGUCUGCACUGCGCCAUCACUUUGGAGGGCAGCCUGCCUGCAGAGUGCUAAUUGCCUGCCGGGUAACCCUGUUCUUCCUCACAAUUAUCGUAAUACAUUUGACAAUGUUUUAUCUUCAUCCCAUAAUAUUGAAGGCAAUGCGAUGUUACAGCUGCUUGUCUUUAGACAUUUAGACAGCAUGGCCCAAACUUAUCUGAAAUAUGAAAAUGAUCAAUCAAAUUGCCAGGUAGCCUAUUGUUCUGGCAAAGAUGAGUCCAUAGUAGAUUAAAGUAAACUGUGUUUUAGAUGGAUCAUAAACGUAGGCCUACUCUGAAAUGAAACAAGUUAUUUUUGGUCACAAAUCUGGAUAUGCGUGACCGCCAAUGAUGAUUACUGAUCAUUGAUCAACAAUCAAGAUGCACAAUGUUUUGGUUCUGAAGCAUAGAUGAGAACUUAACGACUUGCUCAGAACAAUGGGGGAGGGGAUUAUACUACCACCGAAAAGGCCACUUUGAAGACUGGAAGGGCAAAGGGGCAUGUGCUCUGCACAGGUAGAGAGCCCCAUCUGUGCAGAUGCUUGGUGACAACCAAUGUCAUUAGCCUGGUAAUUAAUAAUAUGCCAUUUAGCAGACGCUUUUAUCCAAAGCGACUUACAGUCAUGCGUGCAUACGUUUUUUGUGUAUGGGUGGUCCCGGGGAUCGAACCCACUACCAUGGCAUUACAAGCGCCGUGCUCUACCAGCUGAGCUACAGUGGACCAUAAUUGUCCUCAAAUGCGCUGUUGAAAAUGCUAUUUUACCGGAAUAAAAGUGCUACCGGAGACAACUCAUUACCUGCUGAUCUGGGCUUCCAUCAUUUAGAUUUUAUUUUGAUUCUUCAGGUUUACCAUCAGCAAUAGUUUUGGUAGUUUUGCUUUAAACAAUCAGUGUAUUUAGUAAUUUUUAGAUAUAAAAAUAUACAGGGUAAAGUUGAUAAUUUCAUAACAAGGACAGCAAUCACUUUUGAGCUGCACUAUAUGGUCGAUGCGGCCGGGAGAAGAGAACCUCACUCUAAAAAAGCUCAUUUUUAAAUAUAAAAUGGAUACAUAACUAGCUCAAACUCUUAUCUGCAAAAAUGACAAGAUCAUUAGUGGGUGACGGUGAGUUCAGAUCAAAAGUGGGGGGACAAAAUGCAUACAUUGAGACAUGGCUUGUGUAUGUGUGCCGUUCAGAGGGUGAAUGGGCAAGACAAAAGAUUUUAGUGCUUUUGAACAGGGUAUGGCAGUAGUAAGUGCCAGGUGCACCGGUUUGUACUCAACAGUUUCCCAUGUGUAUCAAGAAUGGUCCACCACCCAAAGGACAUCCAGCCAACUUGACGCAACUGUGUAAAGCAUUGGAGUCAAGAUGGGCCACCAUCCUUGUGGAACGCUUUUGACACCUUGUAGAAUCCAUGCCCCGACGGGUAGGGGUGCGUGAAAGUCAAUAUUAGGAGGGUGUUCCUAAUGUUUGGUAUACUCGGUGUGUGUACAGUACCAGUCAAAAGUUUGCUAUUAAAUAACACAUAUGGGAUCAUGUAGUAACCAAGAAAGUGUUAAACAAAUCAAAAUAUAUUUGAGAUUCUUCAAAGUAGCCACCCUUUGCCUUGAUGACAGCUUUGCACACUCUUGGCAUUCUCUCAACCAGCUUCAUGAGGUAGUCACCUAGAAUGCAUUUCAAUUAACAGGUGUGCCUUCUAAAAGUUAAUUUGUGGAAUUUCUUUCCUUAAUGUGUUUGAGCCAAUCAGUUGUUGUGACAAGGUAGGGGGGUAUACAGAAGAUAGCCCUAUUUGGUAAAAGACCAAGUCCAUAUUAUGGCAAGAACAGCUCAAAUAAGCAAAGAGAAAUGACUAUUUACGUGAAGACAUGAAGGUCAGUCAAUCCGGAAAAUUUCAAGAACUUUGAACGUUUCUUCAAGUUCAGUCGCAAAACCCAUCAAGCACUAUGAUGAAACUGGUUCUCAUGAGGACCGCCACAGGAAUGGAAGACCCAGAGUUACCUCUGCGGCAGAGGAUAAGUUCAUUAGUGUUACCAGCCUCAGAAAUUGCAGCCCAAAUAAAUGCUUCACAGAAUUCAAGUAACAGACACAUCUCAACAUCAACUGUUCAGAGGAGACUGUGUGAAUCAAGCCUUCAUGGUCGAAUUGCUGCAAAGAAACCACUACUAAAGGACACCAAUAAGAAGAAGAGACCUGCUUGGGCUAGGGAACACGAGGAAUGGAUAUUAGACCGGUGGGAAUUUGUCCUUUGGUCUGGAGUCGAAAUUGGAGAUUUUUAGUUCCAACCGCCGUGUCUUUGUGAGACGCGGUGUGGGUGAACGGAUGAUCUCCACGUGUUUCCCACCGUAAAGCAUGGAGGAGGUGGUGUUAUGGUGUGGAGGUGCUUUGCUGGUGACACAGUCUGUGAUUUUAUUUAGAAUUCAAGGCACACUUAACCAGCAUGGCUACCACAGCAUUCUGCAGCGAUACGCCAUCCCAUCUGGUUUGGGCUUAGUCCCACUAUCAUUUGUUUUUCAACAGGGCAAUGAUCCAACACCUCCAGGCUGUGUAAGGGCUAUUUUACCACAAUCCCCCAACCUCAACCCAAUUGCGACGGUUUGGGAUGAGUCGGACCGCAGAGUGAAGGAAAAGCAGCCAACAAGUGCUCAGCAUAUGUGGGAACUCCAAGACUGUUGGAAAAGCAUUCCAGGUGAAGCUGGUUGAGAGAAUGGCAAGAAUGCGCAAAGCUGUCAAGGCAAAGGGUGGCUAUUUGAAGAAUCUCCAAUAAAAUAUUUUGAUUUGUUUAACACUUUUUGUUUACUACAUGAUUCCAUAUGUGUUCUUUCAUAGUUUUGAUGUUUUCACUAUUAUUCUACAAUGUAAAAAAUAAAGAAGAACCCUUGAAUGAGGUGUGUCUAAACUUUUGACUGGUAGUGUACAUGAGCUCAAAGUAUUGAAUAUUACAUUUAUUUUGGGAAAUGACUACAGUGCAGACUGAUCUUUUAAUUUUUUUUUUAAUUUUUUUAAAAUCCAUAUCAGGUGAACAGUUUAGACAUUACAGCACUUUUCGUACAUAGUCCUCCUGUUUUUUCGGGACCAAAAGUAUUGGGACAAAUUUCGCUUCUGUAUUAAUAACCCCCUAGAGUUGAUGUCGGUGCCCUCGCGGAAAUGUAAUUGGCGUGUGCCGUGUUGAUUUUGUCUAUCCCUUCCAGACAUGUUCAAUACCAAAACUGUGAACAAACUAUAUUAAUUUGGGGACUGGUCGAAAUAUUCAUGGUUAUUUAGGUAGCUUGCUGUUGCUAGCUAGUUUGUCCUGGAAAAUAAACAUUGGGUUGUUAUUUUACCUGAGAUGCAUAUAUAUAUUUUUUGGGGCACUUUAGUAGAAUUUUGACCCAUGUUGAGUCAUACAACAUUGUGUGUUCUCUACUGUAACAAUUAACCCACAGAUUAAAAAGGGGAAACUAAGUUUGUUUUUCUCCUUGUUAAUGCUUUUAAUGUGGAUUUUAUAUGGCAGUUGGCAACCAACUUUGAUGUGCGUUACCACCACCAAAUGGACUGGAGUGUGACCCUGAUUCAUCUCUCAAUCACCCACGUGGGUAUAUGCUCCUAAAAAAACAAUGACUUGCCCUGAGUCAAGCAUCUAAAAUAGUACAAAGUCCUAUUUUUAGCGCCUGGCUACGCAGACGCUCGUUGACUCAUGCGAGCAGUUUGGAUGAAAUGAUUGAAGAACAUGUAUGUGUACGUUUAUUUUGCAACGCUCGUGCACGCAACGCUGGCGGUGUGGUCAGCAUGUAAGCCAAUGGCAGCCUUCUGCAUCUGUGGUGGAAGGUGGCCGAGCCACAGCCGGGUUUGUCAGACCAUGAGACAAUCCGAAAAUCUGCCUUUUCACGAAAACGUGACACGCACAUGUCCGUUGUUUUGCUCUACUCCUCUGAAGGUAGCCCGGUACCAGUUUUUAAAAAAAUAAUGCAAGUACAGUGCUAUCAGAAAGUAUUCACACCCUUUGACUUUUUCCACAUUUUGUUGUUACAGCCUAAAUUUAAAAUGGAUUACAUUAACACAUUUUUUUGUCACUUGCAAACGCACAAUACCCCAUAAUGUCAGUGGAUUAUUUGUUUGAUAAAAAAUGAAAAGCUGAAAUGUCUUGCGUCAAGUAUUCAACCCCUUUAUUAUUAUUAUAAUAAUAAUAUGCCAUUUAGCAGACACUUUUAUCCAAAGCGACUUAGUCAUGUGUGCAUACAUUUUUACGUAUGGGUUGUCCCGGGGAUCGAACCCACUACCCUGGCGUUACAAGCGCCAUGCUCUACCAAUUGAGCUACAGAGGACCACAACCCAAAAUAAUUAUGGCAACCCUAAAUAAAUUCAGGAGUACAAAUGUGCUUAACAAGUCAAAUAAUAUGUUGCAUGAACUCACUGUGUGCAAUGUGUUUUUAACAUGAUUUUUUGAAUGACUACCUCAUCUCUGUACCCCACACAUACAAAUAUUUGUAAGGUCAAGCAGUGAAUUUCAAACACAUUCAACCAGAAAGACCAGGGAGGCUGGCGUGUUGGACGUACUGCCAAAUUCUCUUAGACGACGGCGGAGGCGGCUUAUGGUAGAGAAAUGAACAUUCAAUUGUCUGGCAACAGCUCUGGUGGACAUUCCUGCAGCCAGCAUGCCAAUUGCACGCUCCGUCAAAACUUGACAUAUGUGGCGGUGUGUGAUAAAACUGCACAUUUUAGUGGCCUUUUAUGGUCCCCAGCGCAAGGUGCACCUGUGAAAUGAUCAUGCUGUUUAAUCAGCUUCUUGAUAUGCCACGCCUGUCAGAUGGAUGUAUUAUCUUGGCCAAGGAGAAGUGCUCACUAACAGGGAUAUAAACAAAUUUGUGAACAAUCAGACACUUUUUGUGCAUAUGGAACAUUUCUGUGAUCUUUUAUUUCAGCUCAUGAAACAUUGGACCAACACUUUACAUGUUCCCUUUAUAUUUUUGUUCAGUAUAGUUGUUUUCGUGCGUGAUGGACAGACAAGUGUAGUCUAACGUAUGGCGCAUGAUGUGACAAAGUUUGCGGGUGGGGAGAGUGCAAGAGUGUUGAGGAGGCUUUACUCACUGGGCAUCUUGUUACAGUAUGACAUUAUCUGAAUUAGGUCCACGGAAUUAUACCUAGAAGCGGCUUCUAUGUAGGAACUUUUGAAUGUUCUUUGAGCCAGCUAGGUAACUAAUAAUCUUGAGUUAGCUAGCUAACAAGCUUGUGUGUGCACAGCGGCACCAUAAUUAAAAACACGUCUUACCUUUAAAUCCAACGUGAAACGUGUUAAAUAGGCCUAUAGUAUCCUUAACUAGCAUUGAAAAGUUAAUAAAUUUUUCUGUAGCUAAUAAAAAAUCUCUUGCUCUAUCUUCUGAAUCAAGCUUGUAACGUCAUUACAGUAGCCUAUGCUUCGGUGGGGGGAGGGGCAGGUAGCCUGCACAUGCUCUGGCAAAGAUUUUCAGCUUGCAGGCAGACACAAAUAAGUUUGAGUGACAGAGGGGGCUUUUCAUAGGCGUUUUGUUGUGGGAAUAGGAAAAAAUGCCUGGAGCGUAAAAUAACUUCUGUUCCUGAACAGUAUGGAUCACUUUCAUUCCAGGUUCUGUUUAUGUUCCUUACAUUUUAUUAUUUUCCGGUGUUCUGUUCUGUUCCCUGAACCAGUUCCAACCCCUGUUUUUAUUAUACAUAAUAAAGAUCUUGGUCUAUAGAUACUGUACACCAAGUUUUGGAGAACUCUGUUUAGUGGUGUGAGUUCUCCCGAGUGGCGCAGUGGUCUAAGGCACUGCAUCGCAGUGCUAGCUGUGCCAAUAGAGAUCCUGGUUCGAAUCCAGGCUCUGUCGUAGCCGGCCGCGGCGCACAAUUGGCCCAGCGUCGUCCAGGGUAGGGGAGGGAAUGGCCGGCAGGGAUGUAGCUCGGUUGGUAGAGCAUGGCGUCAGAUUCCCACGGGGGGGCCAGUAUGAAAAAAUUAAAUAAUGUAUGCACUCACUAACUGUAAGUCGCUCUGGAUAAGAGCGUCUGCUAAAUGACUAAAAUGUAAAUGUGUGAAAAUGUUAAUGUUAAUGAUCCUGCGACAGUUUUCAAUUUCACUUGUGUGGCAAAAAUGUAAUGCGGUUUCUAAAACCGCUGUAUUGGUAGCAGUUAUUUUGUUCUGAUUUCAGAUUUGAAUAGCAGAGAAGUAGAUUAAGAUUUAAUACGAUCAAACUUGGGAAAGUGUUCAAUUUUGGUUGUUUAUAAAAAAAGGUUUGAGGAAAUAUUGUUGAUGCGGUUAGUAAAAUACCUGUAUCGUUUGAUCGGUAUAUUAUUUUUUUUCAGAUUUUAAUAGCAGAGCAGUAGAGGAAGAUUUUAUACACUAACUCUUUAUCCAAGUUGUUGGAAAAGUGUCAAAGUAGGUGAUUUGUGUCUAAAGUUGCAUUAUUGCAUUUACAGUGAAUGGAAUGUUGGAAGUCCUGUCACAAUGGGACCUUUUUAGAAUGCUGAAGAAAGUGAAUGAAGAUGGACAAAGUUUAAUAGUUUAAAGUAUAGAAGAUAUCAGUUAUAUACAAGCAAGUCAAUCCACACCGGUCUACACGUUUUAAAGUUUCAACUGCGUUUUUAGCUUAAACAGUGUAAAAGGAGUAGCGUGCUAAAUAAUGACUAUAAUAAGAAAUGUUAAAUAUUUUAAAGUGGGGACUCUUGCUUCGCAAGCCCAACUAAUAACUAGAAGUCAGAAAUACGUGGUACAAUAUUUAAAGUGUGGCUGCUUUUGCACGCCACAUUUAAUUAUUUGUUUCUGGGCAAUAACUCCUAAAGAGUAAACUGAGCUUUUUCCCUUGCACUUAGAUAAGUGGUAUUUGAUGUCGCUCUUUAGGUUUUGGGGGCCGUGGUCGUGGACGUGGGUUUGGAGGUGGAGGAGGAGGAGGAGGAGGAGGAGGUGGUGGUGGUGGACCCAACUUUGACAUCAAGGGAGGGGACUGGCCAUGUCCUAACAGGUAUUUAUUGCAAUAUUUUAUUUGAAGAGGGACAGAUGCAAUUAAAACAAUUUCAUGAGUCAUCCAUUGUAUGUGCCACUAAAUUCUGUUCUCAUAUGGAGUGGCUACAUCUUUGAAUGUGAUUGACAAUUGUUCCCCUCUCCUUUUCAGUUCUUGUGGCAACAUGAACUUUGCGCGACGAUACGAAUGCAACAAGUGUGGCACUCCAAAACCAGGGGACGGCGGAGGAGGUAUGUAAAGAACUGGGUGUCAGGUAGACUAUAGGGGGAAGUUGAGGCAUUUAACCACUAAUACUAAACUACUACUGCUCUCUAGGAGAACUUGCUCUAACAGCUGGUUUAUGUUUGCAGAUCGUGGUGGUGGUGGUGGCGGCAGAGGAGGGUAUGGUGGUGACAGGGGUGGCGGCUACAGAGGCCGUGGGGGAUUCCGUGGAGGUGACCGCGGUGGAUAUGGUGGUGGGGGAUACAAGAUGGGAGGAAGGUAAAUUGUUUACUGCUUAAUUUCCCUCCCAUGCAGUUAGAUGUUUGACCAGAAGAGGGCAUACCUGAGAUGUGAAAGUGAACUGUAGAAUAUUGAAUUAGGUAAACUUUUUUUUGUCAGAUUGUCUGUAAUAUUAAUGAGUCUAAUUUUUUUUAUAUUAAGCUAGCUGAACGCCAAUGCCUUCAUGGUACAGCAUAAUUUACUAUGGGUCUAUUUUCCCCCUUCUUCCCUCAGAGGUGACCAUAGAGAAGACAGAAGAGACCGGCCAUACUAAGGAUUCACAUGGACACCAUUCCAGCCCAGGGGUAGUGGAUAGGUUAAGG